AUGUCUUCGCCAAACGGUGAUGUUCCUGCCUCGCGUGUGGGGACUCAUACUACUGCUUUCCCUCUCGACAUUACUCCCCAAAUCAUUGAGCAGCUUGAACGGCCAACCGCUCUCCCGCUUAAUCAAGAUCCUGUCUUGGGGAAUUACGAGCCCGAUAGCUUAUUUGGUGAAGCACUUCAUGCCAUAGAUGCUCACGAACGCCCAGCCGAGCCUCCCUUUACAUCGAGCUUCACAGAUAUCCUGGUCGACGGUCUUCCAUAUGAAACCUGGUUUGACGCUGAACUGGCAGAUAUCCUUGGUCCUCUAAAUACCUUUACUGGUGCAGCCUACGAAGGGCAGGCCAUCGAGACCUCUGAUGAGCAUGAAGUUGGCGAACCGCAGUUUCCUAUUGUCAAUGCUGGAUCCCAAGAUGCUGAGAUUCAAAAUGCCAUCGACGCCCACAAUGCCGAACAGACUGAAUCGUCGAGCGGUGAAAUCACUCGUCCAACAGCCAGACAGAGCAACGGGAGUCCCUUGAUGGGCGGCGGCAGGCAUAAUAGUGGUUCCUCUAGAGAUGCGUCUUACACUGCUGAUUUGUUCAGCCAGGGAGCUGCAGCCCAGUCGACCAUUCACUCGUCCUUUGAGAGCUCAUUCACAAACAAUGUCCCUGCCAAUAACCAACCUUUCAACAACAUUGAUCCAUACUUUCUCGAUGCCUCAGUGAAUGCUGCACCCUUCGAUGAGAGUGACAACACUGCCUCGCAGAGUGUUCCGCAGUUCGAUGACUUCAAUGCCAUUCCUGAAAUUCCCCAAGAGCUGGAGAUGCCCAUGCCAAUCCUUGACAACAGCCAGGAUGCUCAAUUCACUCAGUAUCCCAAUCUUGACGACAAUCAGACGUCGCAGCACGCAUUCGAGCAGCAGGCACUCCCCUUCACCCACUUCAGUGGCGACAACGCUAUCAACAAUUCACUCUCUCAUUCUCAGGUUGCUCCAGACCAGGAUCAGCAGUUGUCUACUUCUCAACUCCUCCCCAUCCAUAAUACCGACAACCAAACGCCUUUCACCACCUCUGAACAGCCUCAGCAUACUCAACCUUUGACAACAGAAAUGGCAGCGCAGACUCCUCUCGGGCAGAUUGUCGACGAGCAAACGGCUCAUCCUACCGUGGAAGAGAUGCAGGGAGCACCAUCAACUGAUGGGGAUGAGGAGGAGGAAGACGAAGAAGAAGAGGAGGAGGAGGAGGAGGAGGAGGAGGAGGGGCACGGAACUGCGGAGCUGGCGGAGGAAGCUUCUGUCGAGUGGCAGCCUCCCACGUUCGAGGACUUAAUGAGUCCUAACGAACGAAGUGUGGACACCGCCACACGGUUCGCCUCGUACGAAGAGGCUAAGCAGGCGUUGAAUCCUCCAAAGGAGGCUCUCGAGCCGAACCUGGAUCUCUCAGAAGUCCAGAAACGGGCGAUUGUCAAAGCCCUUAUUAUGGCAAUCAACAACACUGAAGUCGCCGAGGACAACGAGAAGACUGUUCAGAAGUGGGCAGCGACUUCGAAGGAGCAGCCUUUGAAGGUGGAGGCCGCCGCAUGGGGCGUUCUUGAGGCCGCCAUAGCCUACCACAGGCAUGGUUCAUUGAUUCCCACGCUCAAGGAGGGAAAGAAGAAGAGACGUGAAAAAAAAAUAUCCACCAAAGACGGGAUUGACAUGCCCUUUCCAGAAAGGAUCACGACGUUGAUCCAAAUCCUCCGCACCAAAAAGACCAUCUGCAAGAGGAUGGUUGAGGACAAUUACAUGCAUCUAUUCGUGCAGGCCCCCCUUCACUGCAACGCCCGCGUGGAGUCCAACCGUGUCAUCAAUAAUCAGAAGGGCCGAUACAUCCAUGCGGGCCGCGUGGUCGAGAGGGCGGAGGAGCAAAAGAAGAAGGAUGAGGAGGCUGCUGGGGCUCCUAGCAGGGGCGUUCGACAGACCUCCGGUCUCACCUCUGGAGGUGCUCUGGGCACCCAAGAUGCCCCAACUUUGCCGAUACUCUCAGGGGUGGAAAUCAUGCGGAAUGUGGGUGUCUAUCCUAUGCCUACCACCGAGGCCAUGGGACCUUCCACCACUAUGGUUGGUGAUCGGAAUAGUGCCCCGUUCACUCAAGGCCCUCAAGAGGCUUCGCAUUUUCAAUUCCCCUUUCAGGGGCUCUACUCCAAUUCUAAUGCGGCCCAUCCCCCCACGAAUCCCUUCACAAGCCAGCCUUCUUUUACGAGUCAGCCGGCCGUUGCGAAUCAAAUGCGUUUUAUCUAUGAAGAUCCUUCUGUGAUUCAACCGCGCCGUGCCAAUCCACCUCGUCGGGCGAUCGCAUCUCGUCGUGUCAAUCUAUCUGAAACUUCUCAAUCAACGGCCGGCGCUAAUUUUGCCGCUUCCCCAGGUAUCGGCUCACAGGACAGUCGAAAGAGAUCGGCUACGGGAGAGCAGCCUGAUGGUGUGGACGCCCGUGCUACCAAGAGGCCGCGACAUUAG